UUCUUUUGAUUUUAACUAUCAGACUGAAUCGGGACUGUUACUGAUGACCGAAACCUAGUCCGGCAAAUAGUCAAACUCAUGUCACAAUGGAAGAAGGCAGAGAGAACCCGAUGUAUUCAAGAUGGCGACCAUACUGCGGGUGAAACGAAAAAGGAACGAAGAUCCUGUAGAGAAUAUUGUAGUGUCGUGUAAAAAGAUCAAAUCAGAGGUUCAUGACAGUAGAAAUCACGAGGAAAAAGAUAUCCAGAGUUCUUUAAAGUUUGCUGGGACGGUCACCUCUAAGGAAGAGGUUAUAUCAAAGCACAUCAGAGAUGCCAUCCGAAAAGACAAAUUACAGAAGGAAUACAAAAGGCACCAGCCUGGUGGUUUACAAAGGAGUAGGCAGCAUAAAAGGGAGUCCUCAAAAGCCAAUAGGUUUAAUAUAACAUCAACUUUCAGAGCGUUAGACCUAGCUGCUCUUGAUAAGGAAAAAGAAGAUGGCAGAGAAAAUAAAAAAUCUCUGAAUUCCCAUGGUGAUGUAUGUGAACUGUGUAUGAAAGAAUGUGAAAAAAGCAUACAAAACAAAAAUAGCAGUCAGCCUACAGAAAAAAAUGAAAAAGAACCAGUUAUGUGCAAUUGUGAAAAAAAGAAAUCUGUUAAAUGUGUUCGUGAGGAAUCAUCAAGUGGACUUAAUUUUGCAGUAAAUGGUGCCCAAGCCACCGAAAAAGUAUAUCAUCUGUACGACAUAGAAGUUACACGGUCAAAUCUGCCAACAUUUGAGUCAUUAAUGCAGGAGGCUCAAAAUGCUAGCUUUGUUACGUGUAAUUCUGUUCAAAUGGUGCAUGAACAAGUGCCGGAAGAAGACAGGGAAGAGGAUUAUGUGUAUGAUUUAUAUUACACCAACAGUCGAGAUUUCAACCUCCAGUUAUUAGAGAGCUCCUUGAUGAUUAACUCCAUUAAUAUGGACAGUCAUGUAAAUGGACACAACGGAGAGGAGGACCAUGAGGUGUAUGAGGAUGAGGAUGAUGAAAAUGAGGAAGAUAACUGGAGGAAUGAUUAUCCUGAGGAGGAUCCAAGGUUUUUUGAGAAUGGGGAUGUUGACUAUGUCUAUGGAAAUGGCUUUGAUGACUAUCAGUCCUUUGAUUAUGAUGACAGAGGUCUUGUGGAGUGGAUGUCAUCUAGAUGCAAUAUAGAGGAUGAGAGUGAUGAAUCAUCUAGUGAAGAUACUGAGGAGGCAAGCUUCACUGGCUAUGAGCAAUACAAACAUCGGGUGAUCAAAGAAUUAAAAUUGGACCAUUCUUAAAGGGACUGGUUCACGAUUUUUGAACGAAAUAUUUUUUAUUUUUUAUGUGAAACAUUAAGAAUAUAACUCAUUUAAUGUUGACAGCCAACAUUUUGACCUUCUGAAUGCAAAAAUAAAGGCAAUAUUUUAGCCUCAAAUCUGUGUUAUGUAAACAAAGACUCGAGUCUUUUCAUGUAUACAAACACACCAGUGAAAUGUUAAUUUUGUAAUAUAAAGCAUCAAAAUUUUGCAUAGUCACAAAUUUUAACUUUUAGAUGACACAUUUUACCCGAAGAAUGCUUGAAAUGUGAAAGAUAAAUCAACUUAGAUCGAUAACCAUUUCUUUUAAAAAUUUCGUAAACAAAAACAUACCGCAAUCUUUGUUUACAAAACAAACAAUGAACUCUCUAAAAUGAGCUUCUGUGAUAAUGUAUAACCUUAAUUUUUGUGUGAAAUCUUUUAAACACAUUAGACAGUAGAUUCUGAUCAUCAAAAGUGAAAAACAAAAUUUUGGGGAAAAUCGUGAAUCAGUCCCUUUAAGGGGGAAGGAAACAUUUUCCAACAAGAUACAUCAACUACAUGAACUAAGAAGGAUGUGUAUCUACACUUCUAUAGACAGCAGAUUAUGAAGUUAUUUUUAAAUUUGUGCAUUUCUCAAUAAGUAAAGUUAUAAAAAAAAAAUUUUAAAUUUGCUCAACACAAAAUGACUUAUUCAAAAGAGAAAUAUGCAAUUGCUUAUUUUUAAUCAUUUUCUUGUUUAAAUUCAUAAUCAUUUACAACAUUUAGUGUGUAAUAUUGGUAUGUAUUGUGAAAUAAAAAGCAAAUUGAAUGUACUAAAUGUAA